GAGCAUAUCUGUGGAAGGCCACUCCUGUUUUUAUUUGUCUUUUGAACUCCCUCCAUACGCCUUCUCUUUUCUUUCACCGUGAUGUCUUUCACAGGGAAAUAUGAGUUGGAGAGUCAAGAAAACUACGACAAGUUCCUCGAAGCAAUUGGACAUCUUAGUGCCAAGACUGACAGCAAAGUGCAGACAGAAGUGCUUCAGGAUGGAAAUGGUUUCACUUGGACUCAAACCACCGCCAACUUGACUUGGUCUAACAAGUUCACCACUGGUCAGGAAUGUGAGCUGGUGACAAUGACAGGUUCCAAAUUCAAGGCCCCCGUCAGUAUGGAAGGUGGGAAGAUUUCAAUACAAUUUCCACAAUACCUCUUCACAGCUGAGAUGGUGAACGAUAAGUUGGUCAUGAGUUGCAUCACUCCAGGAGAGAAGGGUGUGACUUUCACAAGAGUGAGCAAGAGGAUCUGAGGCUGCAAGACCCAACGUGCUUGAAAAGAAGAUAGAAGAGGCUGUACAGAGAAAAUUAUAAGUCGUCUGCUUUACCUACUGCGGCAAGACAAAAACUGUAACUAUAAAAAAUGUCUGUUGACUUGAGGUGUGGUUUUAACAUUUCAGGGUAACUGACAAAAGCCCGCAAUGCCUCACUUACCAGCAUUUGUGUUGCAUUCAAUAAAAAUAUCACAAAUUUUGA